AAAACCAUGUCCAAACGAAUCCAAUCUUUCUUUCAACCCAUCCCCAAGAAACCUAAAUUGGAACCUUCCUCACCUGACCCGUCUCAACCCUCAAACCCUCUCAAUAUACAACAUCAACUUCAUCAACAGGAACAAGAACAACAAGAAGAAAAACAAGAAGAACAACCGCCACCACCACCAACAAACCACCAAACCUACCCCUUCCCAAUCCCCAACCUUCCCCCACACCUAUCCAAAGCCCUAACAAACAUUUCCACCGCCCUUAACCCCCCCAAACCCAUAACCAACCACCCCCAUCUCGACCUCCUCUACUUCCAGCCCCUCCUCCCACCCCAAACAGCCAACACUCUCUUCCACUUCCUCCGCACCUCCCUCCCCUUCUACAAAGUCCAAUACACAAUCCGCCGGGGAAAAACACCAACAAAGAUAACCACACCAAGGUUCACAACCGUCUUCGGGGUGGACGCCACCUCCACAUUCACAACCUCAACAUCAACCACGACUCCAACUCCAACUCCAACCCUCCUCGACACCAAAACCCACAAUCCAAUCCCAAAGAGCAAAUACAAAUGCCAUCCCCGUCCAAUCCCGCCAUGUCUAGACCAUCUCCGACAAGUCAUCCAAUCCGUCACUAAAACCCCACAAGACUACUACAAUUUCAUCUUAAUCAACUACUAUGCAAGCAAUACAGAUAGUAUAAGCUAUCAUUCUGACGAUGAGCGAUUCCUCGGUCCAAACCCUAGUAUUGCGUCUUUGUCUCUCGGUGCGAAGAGGGAUUUUCUGUUGAAACAUAAACCGGGGGUUGAGGCGGGACCGCCGUUGAAAUUUCCUCUGGCGAGUGGGGAUAUGGUUGUUAUGAGGGGGGAGACGCAGGCGAAUUGGUUACAUAGUAUUCCUAAACGGGCUGGGGAGAGUGAGGGCAGGAUUAAUGUGACGUUUCGGAGGGCGUUGGUGGUUGGGGGGACGGAGAAUUAUUAUAGGUAUAAUGUUGGGGAUGGGGGAGUUUGGAGGUGGAAUGAUACGAAGGGGAGGAUGGUAAGUGUGGAUGAGGAGGGAGAAGGUAUUGGGAGUGAGUAGGUAGUUUGGGAUGGUGUUUUGGUGUUGGAUUACUGGUGGUUUGGGGGAUAUAUCGGUUGGUGAGAGGGUGUAUAUGGAGGGCUGGGUGUUUUAUCUUUACCUGGGGCGGAGUUGGACUAUAUCUUUAACUAUAUCUUUACCUCUGUUUGGCAAGUUAGAAAGUAGUUCAUGUCUUAUGAGAUGUUAGUGAAUGGUCCGGAACAUUCAUGGCGUGGGCUAAACGUGGUGUGAUUGACUCUAGAGUGUAUUCUAGCGAAAUACAAACAUCAGUAGGAGAAUAAUAUUACAACUUCGGUCGGAAGCCCGCCUCGACCUCCUUCUGGGCCUCCUCC